CUGGCCGAUCUGGACACCAAAUCAUGCGGGAAAAUUGGAAGUUGGGCAAUGGGCUAUUACGUACUUACCACCUUGUUUGCUGUGAUUCUGGGCAUUAUUCUGGUGGUUUCCAUUCAUCCAGGAUCGUCAGCAAUUAAAUUGGACAGAGGUACAGGAACCCAUGCAGCUGGUCGAAAACCGGGAACUUUGGAUGCAUUUUUGGACUUAUUCAGAAACCUGUUCCCGGAGAACAUUGUCCAGGCAUGUACUCAACAAGUCUCCAGUCGAUUUGUGAACCGGACUAUCGUACCGGAUGCGGUAAAAAUAAAUCAAUCUGAGGUACCGGCCGAAGUAAUUGAAGUGUUGGAAACACACUACAUCGAUACGACGAAUGUUCUUGGUUUGGUCACAUUCUCCGUUGCAUUUGGACUGUGUAUCGGGCAAAUGGGUGAACGUGGACGACCGAUGCUCGUCUUUUUCAGCAUCAUGGAUGAGUGUGUGAUGCGUCUGAUCCGUUUGAUCAUGUGCGGUGCGAACACACCGACUCAACUGAAAAUCGAAUCCGGGAGUGCACAGGUAGAACUGGAACAAACCACGCACUUGACCCCGGAUGGUAACGCUCAGUUGAGUGAGAUGUGA